CUUUUCCGGUGACCGUAUGACGUAGAAUGUAGGCGCCCAGGGGUGGGCGUGCCCUAUUCCUCGUUGACCUCCAGCAGGCUACGGUUCGGAAAGGUGAUCAGCAUCGUGCGUAGACUCGCCCAUACAUACCGACAUGUUCCGAUUGGAGGGUCUGGGGCCCAAAGCUGAUCCCGAGGAGCUGCGCGCUAAGAUGCGGCGAGAUGUCGUCAGCUCUGUGCGGAAUUUCCUCAUCUAUGUGGCCGUGCUGAGGAUCACUCCAUAUAUCUUAAAGAAACUGGAUAGUAUAUGAAGAUAUGAAUUCCUUCACUACAGAAAUUCUCUGGACUAAUUGUAUUCCUAAAACCGGAGUUAUUCAAAGUGCAAAAUUACCGUACUUGUUGGAUUGUUCAAUAUCCUGAUAUGCAAGAAUCUACCUACAUGACCAAUCUGUACAUUGACUGUAUGUCACACCCUGGAGGUUUAAAAGUAUUUGAAUAUGAAAGGGGAACAUGCACUUUCUAUUGCUAACGUGUAUUUUCUAUUCGCCAGUAGAAUUUGGUGAGGCUUUUUUUUUUUUUUUUUUUUUUUUUAACACAGCUACCUCCCAUCUUCAGUGAUAUCACCGUUUUUUGUUGCAUGGAUUAUAUGACUGUUCUGCCAUAUAAAGAUUAUUUCCAUCAAUGCAUACAGAAGGAUGUGAGGUUGUGCUGUGCUUUCUUACUCAAUAAACAUGCAAAUGUUUGUGCUUUAA